UGAACCUGCCAUUGGGGGAAGUGAACAGGGCCAUCAAAGCACAAUAACUGAAAUUUGGUGGAGAGGGGGGGAAACGCUCAAAUAAACCUUAACAGUGGACCCUUCGGAACCACCUCCAAAUUGGAUUUACGUAAAUGCAUGGGGACUGGCAAAAUUGAACAGUGGAACUGGAGUUGGAGCUAGCUUGCUGCUGACUGUAACGUAGUUAGAAAAAAAACCUUGCUGUUAGCAAGCUAGCUACUGUACUGGGACCGAAGAAAACAACCUAGUUUUUGAGAGAAGACGUUAAUUGAAAGGCUCUACACAAAUCCAGUGGCUUGCUUCAUGAAUUAUGUCUGCUACAAGUAUUGACCCUCAGGUAGGCAGGCUGUAUUUGCCUGGAAGAAUCCAUUCAGCGUUAAGGCCUUUACAUUUUAUAAAAGGGGGUUAUACCUCCAAUCCAUCUCUGUUGCCAUUGCUGAUAGAUGCGAUGCUACCAACUGGCUAACUAACGUUUACUCAAACUGAGUUAUGGCUAGGUAGUUAGCCGCUAGCUAACAUUUAGCUGUGUGGUUUGCUAAAAGCCUAUGCAUUUCUCUGAUUAUUGUAAGGAACACUUUCAACUGUUGCAGCACAGUGGUUAACCAGCGCUAGUAAGUUGUGUUUCAGAGUUAACGACGCCCAAUAUUAUGAUAACUAACCCCUUUCAUCUGUAUUAACGCUAUGUCAAAGAUUGAGCCUUCUAAUCUGUGUAUGUGGUUAGCUAGCCAGCUAAUGUAACUAAGCGAACUUCUAAUUUUCAGUGAGUGUGUAUUUUUUUAAUAGACAUUAGACGGCUAAAACGUAAAUGUUCUCUCUUUUACAUUUUAACCAAUUACACGGAACUGAAGAAUUCAAAAGGACAAGACGCUAAAGGUAAGAGCACUGCAGCUAACGUUAUAGUUAGCUUUGCUAGACAAUAUUUGUCGCUGGCUGCUAAUUAGGCUAGCUAGACGACGAUUGCUCCGCUGGUGGCGGGUCGCGAGCACUGACUUGAGUUACCAAAAAUGCACCUGCGGUGUAAAUGCAACGCUGGCUCUUGCAAUAUAGUAACAUUCGUCAAAGAUGAAGUCAAGUCGUGCUAGGUCAGGGGUUCCCAAAGUUUUUUGGCCCGCGACCCCAUUUCGAUAUAAAUCUAUUUUUUAAAUCGCGACCGCCACCAUGUAAAAAAAAAAGAGAAAAGAACAAAAACUGAACUUUUUUUAUUGGGGCUAUGACAGUCUAUUACAAAUCAGUCUGACAGUACAUUUGACAGUAUUUCAAUUUGAAGGAAGUAUGGUUUGAAGUGACUGAAAUACAUCAGAAAGGUAUUGGGAAGUUCAGAAGAGCAUCGGGCAAUGAUUGUGUAUUUAUUGUCUGUGUAGAAAAUAACAUCAUUGGUGUUCUUUUUUCCCAGUCUGAUUUAGUGCUUGCUCUUGUCCCCUCUGUUCUAAUGAGUUCUGCGUGGCAUUGUAGAGGGAAACAGAAGACACACACGUGUUUCUGAAAUCUUAUGUUUCAGUGAUGGGGUCAUAAUAUUUUGUAGCUUUAACGGUUCAAAAGAUAGAGCUACAUUUGUAGGAAGAAAACAGAAGCCGCUCUGUUUAUUACAGCCGCAUCUUGCUGCUACGGGAGGUUUCCUGAAGUAACGGUUAUAUGAACCAAGCGCGAUUUCCCCCCCCCCCCCCCCCCCCCCCCCCCCCCCCCCCCCCAGUUUCUCUUUCAAAUAUAAUCUAGCUAACAGUCAUCACACCAGAUUCUAUGACAUGAUUUCAGUGAUGCAUGUCUUGUUAUGCAAGUGUUACAGUCCUACAGAACAACAUUGCUAACAUCAGAUUUUUAUGGUCUUCUCAGGCAGGCAUACGCAAAGCAUGUCUUGUUUUUUCGUUUAUGGGUGAAUGAAGGAGGGAGACUUGUAAGUGUGUUUGUCUGUAUUGUUAAGUAAGCAUUUCACUGUUAGUCUACACCUGUUGUUUACGAAGCAUGUGACAAAUAAAAUGUGAUAUGACAGUGAUAAAUAACCCUACUAUCACAGUCUUUCCGGUUUCAGUGCAAAAUGGUUCACUCCACCAGAAGGAAACUGUCCAUGAUAAUGACUUUGAGCCCUAUCUCACUGGCCAAUCCAAUCAGGUGAGUGACUUUUGAAAUAUGGUGUGUAUCUUUGUCAUUAUAGAAUAUUUUCCAACUAGGCUGCAGGGGAGGACCACAAAUCAAUACUGUCUCACAGGAGGAUGGAUGUUUUCUUGGCUACCUCAUUAGCAUAUAUUAUUACUCCAUUGACAUCAUUACAGAUUAUGUGUGAUGUCUAAGUACUGUACGCACACCCUUUGAUUUUAAAAUCAGGGUUGUUGGGGUAUAAGCUAACGGUCAUUGGAGUUUUGGUGGUGGUAGGUCAUGUUGUUGACACUUAGUUUGUGUCAGGAUUUUAAAAACAAAUUGUAUUUACACUCCUCCUUUUUAUUUUCUAGAACAACAGCUACCAAUCCAUGACUGACCCUUACCUGUCCAGCUACUAUGCCCCCUCCAUUGGAUUCCCCUACCCUCUUAGCGAGGCCCCUUGGUCCACCGGUGGCGACCCCCCUAUCCCUUACCUGACCCCCUAUGCGCCCCUCAGCAAUGGAGACCACCACUUCAUGCAUGACACUGUGUUCGGCCAGCCUGGGGGGCUUGGCAGCAGCAUCUACCCGCAUAGGUUUAACUUUUUCCCUGAGAACCCAGCCUUCUCCGCCUGGGGUACCAGUGGGUCUCAAGGCCAGCAGACUCAGAGUUCAGCCUAUGGGGGCAGCUACAGCUACCCUCCCAGCUCCCUGGGGGGCACACUAGUCCCUGAUGGCCAAACAGGGUUCCACAGUGACACUCUAAGCAAGGCGCCAGGUAUGAACAGCCUGGAACAGGGGAUGCUGGGGCUGAGGAUAGGUGGGGACGUGUCGGGCAGUGGCUCAGGCGUGAAGAGCGUGGGUUCUGUGAUCGGCGGUGGUGGUGCUGUGGCUCAGGCUGUUGCUACAGGCAACGGUGGAACACCAAUUGGCAUGCCCCCUCCUAAGCCCACGUCCUGGGCCGCUAUCGCCAGCAAACCAGCCAAGCCACAGCUGCUGAAGGCCAAGGCCAAGCCAGGCAUGGCCAUGGGAGGAGCCCUGCCACCACCGCCCAUCAAACACAACAUGGACAUUGGGACAUGGGAUAACAAGGGGCCUAUAAGCAAAGUGGCCCCUCCACUGCCCCCCCACCACCAACAUCAGCAGCAGCAGCUCCAUCAUGGCCAUGCCCACCUUCCCCACGGGCUCCCCCCUCCCCCUCAGCAGUCCAUUCAAUCUGCCCAGUCCCUUGUGCAGCAGAUGACCAUGGGCCCGCCCCCUCCACAGUCAUACCAGAACCACAACUCAGGCCCGCCCCCUCAGACCCGCUGGGUUGCCCCGCGCAACCGUAAUCCGGGCUACGGAGGGGGCAGUAUGGACAGCAGCGGUUCCUCUAGUGGCGGGGGUGUUGGGAAUGGAGGUGGAGGGGGUGGAGGUUUGACUCUAGGUUCUGGCCCAGGUCUAGAGAACCACCCUGUUCUGGAGAAGCUGCGGGCUGCCCACAGCUACAACCCUAAAGAGUUUGACUGGAACCUGAAGAACGGCCGCGUGUUCAUCAUCAAGAGCUACUCUGAGGAUGACAUCCACCGCUCCAUCAAAUACUCAAUCUGGUGCAGCACAGAGCACGGCAACAAGCGUCUGGACUCAGCCUUUCGUGCCAUCAGUCCCAAAGGUCCUGUCUAUCUGCUGUUCAGCGUCAAUGGCAGCGGGCACUUCUGCGGUGUGGCAGAGAUGCGCUCGCCCGUGGACUAUGGCACCAGUGCUGGCGUCUGGGCGCAGGACAAGUGGAAAGGCAAGUUUGACGUGGACUGGCUGUUUGUGAAGGACGUGCCCAAUAGCCAGCUGAGGCACAUCAGGCUGGAGAACAACGACAACAAGCCGGUGACCAACUCUAGGGACACUCAGGAGGUCCCUCUGGAGAAGGCCAAGCAAGUGCUGAAGAUCAUCGUGGGCUUCAAACACACCACCUCCAUCUUUGAUGACUUCUCCCACUAUGAGAAGAGACAGGAGGAAGAGGAGGUUGUCAGAAAGGUAAUCAAUAAUUAGUCUCCUGUUGUUGAUCGCAGAGAUCCUGAACUAACUGAUCAUUAAUUAAGGAUGGGUUUCAUCAGUGUUUGUAAUGAUCCAAAAACCAUAACAAACAUCUCCUUCCAGAGUUUGUAUUUCUUAUUUUGUCCUAUCACAGACGAAAUGUCUACUGUUUUGUAUUUGUUUGCUGCCAUUUUAUUGUGUUUUGUGCAGGAGGUGUAACCAUCACAAAAUUCCUCUGUUACUUCUCUUUCAACAGACCUAUGAGCCAGCUCCAAUACAGAGAGGAUCCCAGGUAAAGACCCUUUUCUGAGUGAAAUGUAACUUCUAUUCGGCUUCUGCCAAUCGACAUUGUUCCCUAUGUCUCUAAGGGAAUAAUAUACCAUGGUAGUGGGGUGGAAGAUUAUACAUUUAUUAAUGGUUUUCUAAUGGUAACCAUUUUGUUUUUUCUUCCCCUCCCCAACCAAGGAACACCAAAACAGAAGUAAACCACAAUAGAAGACUACUCCUUAUAGCUUGAUCAACGGUUGUACUUGGAUGGACAUAUUGACAUUUAGAUCAUGAAAAAACAAGAAAGAGGACAUAAAGAAAUUGGAAACCUAUAUUUCUUUUUCUAUUUAAUUUUGAUGACUUUGGCCCACAUCAAACUUUGAGCCAUCUUGCUCCUGGUCUGGUUCCCAGUCUCCAAGCUGUGCACACCAAUCAAAUUGCUUCAUAAUUUUAGUGUUCUUUAUUCUGUAUUUUAACCCUGGUCUCCUAUUUGUUAUACCCCCACACGCACAUCCUUAAUUAUGAUUAACAAAUAUCUGCACGUCUUUAAAAAAAAAAAAAAAA